AUGGUGUCAAUCCCAUGCGAUAGUCAUGAUGCGAGUGCGGGAUACCGCGACGUCUCCUAUGGUGAGUUCGCGCGCGCCGUGAAUCGGGCCGCUUGGUGGAUCGUCGAAACCCUCGGAUCGCGAAGCUCGAGCUUCGAUGCAUUGCAUUAUGUUGCCCCGCAGGACCUAUCGUACAUGGUGUUAGCAGUGGCAGCCGUAAAGACAGGAUAUAUUACUUUGACUUGCCACCCGGCAGCAGGCUUGGACACACAUGUAUCUCUUAUCGAGAAGACAAACUGUCAAUAUCUCCUGCAUCCUGCGCCCGGAUCUCCCAAGGCAAAAUUGAUUCUAUCCAACCAGCUACACCUGAAGGCUAUCAUGACGCCAACACUCGACUUCUGGCUCUCAGACUCAGACGUUCCUGUCCGAGUAUACCCCUACAACAAAACCCUAGAUGAAGUGCUCCAAACUCCCUUCGCAGCAAUCCACACCUCUGCCACCACAGGUGCCGCAAAGCCCAUCAUCAUGACACACGCCACAAUAAACCAACAGGCACUCAUGUAUAUCUUCGCCGAAGGCCCGGUAUCCGUGAACUUCGCUCACUGGCGAGACCAGCGCGUCGCAUAUCUCGCACCCAUGACCAUUGCAGCAGGCUUCUACACCCUUCUCGGUAUCAACCUAGUUUACAAUCUCACCGUGGUUCUCCCCGUCUCCAGCGCAGGGCCCGUCACAGCAGAUGUGCUCGACGGCAUCAUUCAACACGGCGACGUCCGAUCCGUGAUCGUGAGUCCGAAAAACCUUCGCGCCACAUGCGCCAGCCCAUCGUACCUCGACCGUCUUCGAGACCUCUCGCAUCUGGUUGUCGUCUACGGGUCCUCGGAAGCCAAUGUCUUCCCGAUCCACGUCACCCAAGACCCCGAGGACUGGGCAUAUCUGAAAUUCGACGUAGUGGUGCCACAUGAAUUCCGGUCUGUGGGGCACGACCUUCACGAGUUAGUCAUUCUCAGGGAUGACAAGAAUAUAGGGCAGAGUGCUUUUUACAUGUUCCCCGACAUGCAUGAGUAUCCGAUGAAGGAUCUUUUUCGGAGACAUCCGGAUCCGCAGAAAGCGGAUUUAUGGCGGUACUGUGGUCGGACGGAUGAUUGGACAGAGUCGGAUAGUGCGGGGCAUUUUCUGCCGAGAGAUAUGGAGGUUGUUUUGGAGUCCUGUGCAGUUGUUAAGGGGGCGGUUGUGUGCGAGGAGAGAGAUGGUGGUAUGCCGGUGUUGGUUGAGCUGCAUGAGCGGGUUCAUGGAGAUGGGGAUGGGACAAGCGGACAGGGACAAGGGGAGUCGUGGUUGAAGAUCAUCUGGGGGUGGGUAGAGCAGGCGAACGCUUUCUCGCCGGUCAAGGGGCGCAUCUGCAGUAGUGGUGUCAUCUUCGUCGAGCCUAGCAGACCGCUACCCAGGGGCGUGAAGGGCUAUCCGCAAAGACGCGCUUCGAAGAUGUUAUAUAGAAGAGAGAUCGAGGACGCCUAUGCGAGCUUCGGUUGUUAA